GAAAAUGUUUAUGAGUACAAUUUGUCCCUCUCUCAUUCUUUGCCUAUAAAUGGUUGCUAUUUAUUUGCAACAUUAGUAAAAACUCUGUAGGCAUUAUUCAAACCAGACUUUUUCCCUUUAGACAUUUUCUUUCUAUAUUGAGUCCAAGUAAAGAAGAUGAGAGACAAACAACUUUGUGAUGAAGGAGAGAGCUCAGAGGGGGACGAAUCAACGGAGUUUUGCUGGUGGCGAACAUGUGCCACCCCCGAAGAGAUGAGCAGCUUGAAAGUUACUUGCAUCUCUGACGUGGGGAGUUUGACUCCAAGACUUAAGGUGAUGAGAGAAAUGGAGAGGCUAACAAUGGUAGCAUCUGAAGGACUAGAUGAUCUUCGACACAGACUCGUGUCUUACCGAGCUGGGGAUCUGUGGGUGCCCAUGGGUGGAGUCAAGAAGGAAGACAUGGAGAUUCCUUCCACCAUUACUAUUCUGUUGGUGGGUUUUGCUGCAGGUGGGAAGAGUUCUUUGGUCAACCUUAUGUAUAGUGUGCUUGGAAGAGCUGGGAUCAUACCCUUCGCUCAGACAUCAGGAAGCUCUGUAAAUUCGGAAUCAACUACGAUGUUUUUAGAGGAGCACAACGUUUUGAGAUCAGUGAGGUCAGGAUUCUGUGUGUUUGAUUCAAGGGGAUUCGGCUACAAUGAUCGAGAAGACGAGAGUCUCAUGGAGCUGUCUCAGUGGACCUCUGAAGGAGUCAAACACAAUCAACCAUGCUGCAGAUUAAGCGAUGAGUCUCGGAAUGUUAACAUUGGAUCAACAUCAACAUCAACAUCCAGAAAGUUCUCAAAGAGGCAAGUCAACUGUGCAAUGGUGGUUGCUAACAUGGCUGAUCUUUAUGAUCAGUUAAAAACUGGUGAUUCUAAACCUUUGGAGGCAACCAGAGAAGUGUUUUGCCAACCGGAUUUGAAAAGAGGCAAUCAAAACCCAAUAUUAGUACUGACUCAUGGUGACAAACUAUCAGCUGAGGAACGGAUUGACGGGCGUGUUAAAAUUUGUCAAUUUUUGGGAAUUUCCGAAACAAGUGGAGUAUAUGACAUUGUUUGCCUGACCGAGUGUGGAGUCCUAGCUGAAGAAUGUGACCCAGUAACAGCAUAUGCCCUUACUGAGGCUGUUUACAGGGCACUGCUCAUAUCCGACAUGAGCCAUCUUCCUAAGAAGAACUUCAAAGAUAGAACAGUCUCUGUGUUUUCAUGGCUGUUAUGCAUGAUUGGUACUUUCUUUGCUUUACUUGCUCGUCUUUUCUCUGGUCCUAAUCAAAAGUAUCGCAAAUUCAAAUAAUCUUCUUAGUGGGGACUAACUCAGCUCGAUCGCUGGAUUGGAGUUCCAGUUGGAGUUGUGCAUGCAUGUUUGUUCUUUUUUAUUAUAUACUAGAGCCCUAGAGUGUGGAUAACAAACUGAGUCAUCCUUGAAUUCGGAUGAAAUAACAGCUUCAAGACGACAUAUUAAUUUGUAUGUAUAAAUCGUGCUUAACACAUCUUGUUUAUUGCCAUUAUUUUGGCAAUCUAAUACGAGGGAUUACCUUGAUCCAUA